GUUUUGCCUUCUUUUUUUUACGAAAUUUAUACACUCAGCGAUCUCACCUUAAUAUACCAAUAACUCUUAUUUAAUACCAUUAUGACACCCAUCAAGAUUGGAAUUAACGGUUACGGUCGUAUCGGCCGCAUGGUCUUACAGGCGAUCUGUGAAGGAAACCACCUCGGCACCGACAUCGAUGUCGUGGCGGUCGCCGAUAUGAGCACCGACGCGGAAUACUUCUCGUACCAGAUGCGAUACGACUCCGUGCACGGCAAACCACGCUCCUACCGCGUUGAGGUGUCCAAGAGCAAUCGUUCUGCGGAAAAGCCAGAUGUGCUCGUGGUGAAUGGGCACCGCAUCCAGUGCGUAAAGGCUGCACGCAACCCUGCAGAUCUGCCGUGGGGUAAGCUUGGCGUGGACUACGUUGUCGAGUCCACCGGGCUCUUCACGAUGAAGACCCAGGCCGAAGGCCACAUCAAGGGAGGAGCCAAGAAGGUUGUGAUCAGUGCACCCGCAUCCGGCGGCGUCAAGACGAUCGUGAUGGGUGUGAACGAAAAUGAGUACGACCCGGCGACUCACCAUGUUGUGUCAAAUGCGUCGUGCACGACGAAUUGCCUCGCACCGCUGGUUCACGUAUUGACAAAGGAGGGCUUCGGUCUGGAUACUGGUCUGAUGACGACGAUUCAUUCGUACACGGCGACACAGAAGACGGUGGACGGCGUGUCGAUGAAGGACUGGCGUGGUGGCCGCGCUGCCGCGAUCAACAUUAUUCCCAGCACGACCGGUGCAGCCAAGGCCGUGGGUGAGGUGAUCCCGGCGACGAAGGGUAAGUUGACCGGCAUGUCCUUCCGCGUCCCGACGCCUGACGUGUCUGUGGUGGACUUGACUUUCACGGCAACCCGCGACACAUCGAUCAAGGAGAUCGACGCCGCGCUGAAGAAGGCCUCUGUAACGUACAUGAAGGGCAUCCUCAGCUUCACCGACGAGGAGCUAGUGAGCACAGACUUCAUCAACAACAACCACAGCUCCAUUUACGACUCCAAGGCGACGCUGCAGAACAACCUGCCGAACGAGAAGCGCUUCUUCAAGCUUGUGUCCUGGUACGACAACGAGUGGGGCUACUCCCACCGUGUUGUGGACUUGAUCAUCUUUAUGGGCAAAAAGGACUGUGCUUCUGCCAAGCUAUAAGACAUGCCUCAUGUGUUCUAUUAACCCAAUAACUGUCGCAGGGUAACUGUACGUAAGGGAAAAAAUAAUAAUAUAACGCUUUAUUAGGGCGCCAAUGGUCAAAAUAUAAUUGUGUCGCUCUACUGAAAAGUUUUUAAUAGCAAGGGAAAAAUAUUUAGAACAAAUUUUGAUACACCACAAUUUACUAUUAUUAUAAUUUAUUAUUACUGUUAAAAGCACCGUGAUCUGAUUUUUUUCAUUUGUGAUAUGUCAAUUUCAAUGAAUUUUUUCCACAACAU